UCAAUGCUCUUGUCACUAUCUUCCCCAUCUCUCACUACCCUCUAUAAAUUCACAUUGUUCAUGCUCCAUACACCAUAUCACUCUACCUCCAUUCCUCUUAUACACAGUACAUACCAACACCUCUCUCUCUCUCUUUUUCACUACGCGGAACUCCUUUGCUUGCGACAUGUUUUCAUUUCAUAAACUACUAGUACCUAGAAACCCCACUACUGAUUCAAAACCCAUAUACAGAGAUGAGUUAGACAAGAAGGCAUCAAGAAAGAAGUGUGCAGAGAAGAGUGGUAAAGAUCAUUUUCCAUAUUCAAAAGUACCAUUGCUUCCAAAAGAAGAUGAUGAUAAGGAUUUCGUGAGAGGAGCUGGCUGUGGUAGCAGUACUACUGUUGAGAAAAAGGAGGUGAUAAGAGUUAAAGUCAGGAUGACGAAGCAAGAAGCGGCUCGAAUGUUGUCCAAAUGCAAAGAUGGAGGGGUCCUUGAUUUCAAGGAUGUAGCACUUGAGCUUGUGCAAAUACCAACAAAUCAAAUUAGUAUUGUGUCCCCUACUACUGUUCCGGUGCUUGAGAGCAUCCCCGAAGAGUUUUAGAUUUUGUUGUUGUUGUUGUUGUUGUGUGUGUGUGUCUGUCCUUAAAACAUAGCCCAGGUGAAUUGGAGCCUGAUUUGAAGAAAAUUAGGCAAUACCAAUAUAAGCCAUGUGGCUCUUAUAUUUGGCAAACAUAGAAAUUGGGCUAAAUAUGCUGUACUCUUUUUUUUUU